UCGAUGUGGGACUUGAGUAUUUUCCCAAUAUACAUUUCUUCUACAUUUUCAUUAAGAUAUGCAAGCUCCAUUUUCCCUAAGUUCCCAUCGAUAACACUUCAAACUUAUUAGGAUUUCCUAAUUUAAUACAUUUUUAUAAACAAUUACAUUCGUAAUAUUUGGUCUUCCAGGAUAAGGUUUAGUGCCAAGUGUUAGAAUAUGAACAUGGGUGUGGACAGUAAUUUGCAUGCCAAACCCAGAAGGCGUGCUAAUUUUCGAUCAUGCAAUGUCUCAAGUUACACUUCUGAAGUUUUGGAGAUUCAAUCUGAUGCUCCCACUCUUCAUGUUCUGUUUUUUCCUGGAAACCCAGGUGUAAUUUUAUUCUACAAAGACUUUUUGGAAUUUCUCUAUGAGUUGCUGGAGGGAACUGCUUCUGUUACAGCUAUUGGCCAUGUUUCUCACUCAAGAAAGAACUUGGAACAUGGAUGCAUGUUUUCUUUACAAGAACAAAUCAAUUACAAGUUUUCAGAGGCACCAGAUUGGACAUUUAUGAGAGAAAGGGAGGCUCAAAAGGCAUUUUUAUUUGGUGUUGACGAUCACUGGGGACCACUUCAUUUGCUUGAAGAGAUUUCAAAGCAGGUUCCUGGUAUGGCCAUAUCUAUUGAAAGAGAAAACCACACCCAUGGUUUCUGUUGUACUGAGGCUGGCUCGUUAUGGGUGGCUCAGCAUGUGGUAAACUUGAUCAAGAAUCCGAUGGCUUGUUCAAACCAAUAAGGUGCUAACUUUCUCCUCGGCUUUUCUGGUUUGAAACAAACAUCCAAUCGCAGCACGUUGGGUACACCAUUGGCUUUUCUUUCGACUUUUGCUAGUAGUACAAGAGAUGGCUGCUGGCUGGCUGCCAACUCAAAAAUUGAAAUCGGUACAUAUUGAAAACCUUGUUUACUAAAUUACUAGUUACUACCAAUAAAAGAACACCAACUUGA